AACCAGUUGCCGCACGCCGUAUGAACUAUGGCGUGAUCUUGAAUCCAGAUUCACUCAAGGGAAUAAUGCUACCGUUUUUAAAAUUCAAAGAGAGACCACUCAUCUUCAACAAGGUAAUCUUGAUAUUACCAAUUAUUAUAAUGCCUUCAAAACGCUUUGGAAUCAACUCGAUGGGAUUGAUCCACUUCCGGAAUGCACAUGUGGUACCGCCACAGCUUGGCAAAAAAGGGUGUCGAAUAAGCGUGUAUACCAGCUUUUGAUGGGAGUCAACGAACCGUAUCAUGUUCUUCGUACUCAGAUUCUCGCCAUGGAUCCGCUUCCCGACCUUGGAAAGGUUCAUGGCUUGUUAAUCGCGGAAGAACACACCAAAAAUCCACAACCUAUCAUCACCACUCAGCCCAUUCAAGAAGACUCGGCCAUGGUGAGUCACAGGUUCCAAAUUCAACACAAUCAACCCAAAAUCAACAGUGGACAACACCGAAAUCCACCAGGGCCACGUUUUUUUCCGCCACCACAGCAGUCUCCAUCCCGACGGCAACCACAACAAUUCCCUUCGCCUGCCAAUCCACCACGCCAACUGCACCAUGCUCAGCCUGAUACUUCAUCCCGACCCAACAAAGACCCGAACGCUCACUGCACUCAUUGCAACCGUGCAGGUCAUUAUAAGUCGGGCUGUUUUAAACUUAUUGGGUAUCCAGAAUGGUUCUUCAAUCGCCUCCCCAACCAAUCCUCUGCCCAGUCCAAUUAUGCAGCGCAAACACCGGACAUGGAUUUCACUCCACGCUUGAGCCCCGCCGAGGCGUCCCAAGCCUAUGGCUUUUACGAUAAUCCAUCUGCUUUUUUCACUGGACCUCAAAUCGAAGACUGUGAUUGGAGCGGGUGAGGCACGCAAUGGCUUAUACUACCUCCGCACUUCUUCCUCUGCUGCCCUCACAUCCCCAACCGAUGACCCUACCCUAUGGCACCAAAGAUUAGGCCAUCCAGCCUCUGCUAGCUUACCUUCCUUUUUACAUUGUCGUUCCCCUAAUAAAAAUUCCCCUUGUGAUGCUUGUUUGCGUGGCAAACAUACUAGACUACCUUUUCAAUUAAAUUUCAAUAAAAGUGUCGUCCCUUUUUCUCGUAUUUUUGUUGACAUUUGGGGUGGCUAUCAUACUCCUUCUACUUGUGGGGCUCGU